UCCUGAAUGUCUCCUCCCUCCUCCUCCUGCAGCGUGUGGUCGAUGGUUGAAGGGAAGGACCAGAGAUCACAGGAUGUCUGGUCUCAGCAGGUUUCUUAGAUCCAUCUAACGCAGACCCAGACCUGGUUUUAGUGAGUCUCUGCUGCAGGACUGGGACAGACUGUGGGACAUGGACCUCAGCAGCUGCCAGGACUGGAUGUCAGCUUUACCAGAGCAGCUGUGGGACAUCCCGCUCACAGACCUGGCCAUACCUGGGAGCCACGAUGCCAUGAGUUACUGCCUGGACAUUAACUCCCCCCUGGUCAGGUCUGAGUCGGACUUCUUCAGGGUCCUGGAUGGACUUUUCUACUGCUUAACCAGACCUACCAUUUUCAAAUGGUCGACCACACAGUGCUCAGUGAACUGAGUUACUCUUCUUUUCAGGAUAAAAGCAUCGAGGAGCAGCUUUCGAUGGGGAUUCGUUUCUUUGAUCUCCGCAUUGCACACAAACAAAAUGACUCAUCCAGCGACCUGUAUUUCACUCACGUCAUUUACACUCAUCUAACAGUUUUGGAAACACUGCUGUCUGUUGCCAUUUGGCUGAAGUCUCAUCCUAAAGAGGUUGUUAUCCUCGAUUGCAGCCAUUUUGAGGGAAUGGACGACAGAUGUCAUGAAUUGUUCAUUUUUUCCCUGAAGAGGCUGUUUGGCUCAAAACUCUGUCCCCGGACGGAAUCUGUCCUUACCCUGCGGAGCCUGUGGGCAUCUGGUUACCAGGUCAUCCUGACCUAUGACUCCCAGAGUGCGUUGAGACAUCAGGAGCUCUGGCCUGACAUCCCCUACUACUGGGCCAACCAGCGCACGGCACAAGGACUGAUCAGUUACCUGGACAGGAACAAAGAUAGGGGGCGUCCAGACGGCUUCUUUGUCUCUGGCCUGAACCUGACGGCUGAUAAGGGUUACAUCCUCACACAUCCAAAGGAAUCGCUGCGUGUGCUGACUUUCAGUAACUGGGAGUGUUUGAAGAAAUGGCUGGAGGAGCAGGUCCCUGGCUCGCAGUCCAAGAGCCUGAACAUCAUCGCAGGAGACUUUGUGGGGACACUUCCACUCUGCUCUCUGGUCAUUGCACUCAACCAAAAACUUGUACGGAAGAAUUCUAGUUCGAUAAAGAAAACAAUAUAAGAUGUGAUUUGAUUCCACUACAGCUCACAACCCUAUUUUUCCUUCUCUAUAUCUCUCUCAAUGUAUAUGCACUUUUGUCCACAUUUAGAAUUUGAACUGGAAGGAAUAUAUAUUUUAUGCAGUUUCUGAAUUUCUUCAUUAAUUGAAGGUGUUUUUUAAAAUCCCAACUCAUUCUGUAACGUGCAAUUUAUAUGUAUGUGUUUACAAGAAUGCACAUCAUUCUUUUACAAAAUGUAUUAUUUUCAUUUAUUUUAAUACGCUGUACAAUACAUUCUUUUAAAAAAAAAAGACAUUUGUGGUGUAGUUUCUUUUUGACCCACAUGGAACCGUACUUCUGUCCCGUACUUUGCUAUCUGCCCGUGAACAGUUUCUUGUAGCGUCCGUAAGCUGCGGUGCUGAUGAGAACCUGGACGACAGCCGAGCCGUCGUCCGCGUUCACCUGCACGUCCUGAACGACUGCCUCUUUGUAAAGCCAGCUGUGGAUGAAGAUGCACAUUUACUUACGGAUGAUUUGUUAUUUUAAACAUUAAAAAGUAAGAAAACCAGCUCACACCUUAAUUGAGAAGUGCUGAGGUUGACUUUCAGAUCCAAAAUGUGUUUCCCAGUCGAGUUUACGAUCUCUUCUUCCACUACCUCCUUCAGCUCGUCUAGGCCUCGCCCUUGCAGGGCAGAUAUGGGCAGUGCGUCAGGCUCUGCACACUGAUAGCUAGGAAUGAUAAGAUUAUAAAAGAGAUGAGUUUUUCUUCCUUUUGACAAAUGUAACCCAUCAUAUCACUUACAUCCUUGAUCUUAUUGUGAAAGUCUUCAAAAUAAAUGUUGAAAAACU